AUGCUUGUUCCUCGUGGAUGGCGAGGAUGCAUAAAUCGGGCCCUUAUGGCGGUGCUCCCGCCCUUUAACUUUCUGACAUUGCACUAUCUCUAUUUCAUUGUGGCUUCUGUGGUCGCUAGCACUAUACUGUUCUCGACCUCGACGCCGGUCAAGGAUGUGGCCUAUAGUGAUGCGAUCUUCUUGUGCAUCAGCGCUAUGACUGGCGCUGGAUUGAAUACGGUGGACUUCACUGUGCUCUUGGUCCGAAAGCGGGCUUUCGAAGCUAAGCUGAAAAGUGUCUCAGAUUCCCGCGAAGCUUCCCAGCGAACUUCGACUCUUGAGCUGCAGAACAUGAAUCCAGAACUGCAAGAUGAAUCUUAUAGUAACAUCGUGGAAAGUCGGAUGCGAGUGAAGACUGCCGUGGGCGUUCAUGAAUCACCCGCUCAGCCGUCUUCUAUCCAAAUUCAAUGGACGGACGAUGAUCAGAUCACAAUGAGCGAUGAACAACGGUAUGAUCACCAUCAUCAUCAUCAUCCUCACAAUCACCGAGUCUUCCGCAUGGUUGGUGUGGGAGCCCGACCAGAUCUCAACAAUCAUCCUCGAGAUGCGAUUCCGCUGCCAUUAUCCGCCGAUAAACCUCUGGGAUUCGGCUUGAAGGGUAUGAUCCGCAGCCCACAGCAGUAUCUCCUCUCCAAGGGUGUUGUAUCUCGCAACUCCCAAUUCCACGGCCUUUCAUCGAUCGAACGUGAAGAAUUAGGCGGAGUAGAGUACAAAGCCGUGUCAUUCUUGUCAUGGAUUGUCUCGCUGUACUUUAUUUCGUUCAAUCUCCUUGGGAUCAUCGGUAUGAGCACAUGGUUGCAGGCAAAUCACCCAGAGGUGACACGUGGAAACGGGCUGGAUCCGUUCUGGACCGGCGCAUUCUUUGCCGUGUCGGCGUUUGUGAAUAGUGGCAUGUCAUUAUUGGAUAAGAACAUGACUGCUUUGCAAUUGGAUGCUUAUCCGCUUCUUACUCUGGGAAUGCUCAUUCUCGCUGGCAACACGCUUUACCCCUGUUUCUUGCGCUUCAUCAUCUGGACCAUGAGAGACUUGAUGCCGAAUAAUCCGAGGUGGGAGUCGUGGAGAGUCACUCUUGACUUUAUCUUGAAUCAUCCGCGCAGGGUUUACACCAAUCUCUUUCCUGCACGCCAUACAUGGUACCUGCUUGGCACAAUCAUCAUUCUCAACGGAAUUGACUGGGCUGCCUUCGAACUGCUCUCUAUUGGCAACAAAGAGAUUCAGGCUCUUCCGUCAGAAUAUCGAGCUCUCGAUGGCUUGUUCCAGGCGUUGGCUGUCCGUGCAGGUGGAUUCUACGUUGUGACGAUCGCCGAUUUACGACAGGGUCUCCUUGUUCUUUACGUCCUCAUGAUGUAUGUGUCAGCAUAUCCAGUGUUAGUGACCAUACGCAACACAAAUGUCUAUGAAGAAAGAUCCCUCGGUAUCUACGCCCACGACGACAGCCCCGAUUCGCCAGACCGACCAGCUCGAGGCAAUGUCUUCCUGGAUAUAGUCCGCCACCACAUGGGCCGGCCUACAUUUUCAGAACGUUCACGCAGCUACUUCGUCCAUGAACAGCUACGUUCCCAACUCAGCCACGACAUCUGGUGGAUCGCAGUAGCCGUGCUCUUCAUUGCAAUCGCCGAAUCAGACCACUAUAGCGAGCAACCUGUAGCAUUCGCAACCUUCAACAUUGUUUUCGAAGUUGUUUCAGCAUACGGCUGCGUCGGGUUUAGUGUCGGAUAUCCGGGCAAGAAUUACUCAUUUUGUGGCGCAUGGCACACGAUUAGCAAGCUGAUCCUUGCGGCUGUUGCGCUACGGGGUAGGCACCGAGGACUACCUGUUGCUAUUGACAAGGCGAUCAUGUUGCCUAGUGAGUCUUUAGCGUGGGCUGAGGAGGAAGAUGCUGCGUUCAGGAGGGAGAGGGCGAGGGCUUGGCAACAAGAUCGUAUGCCUGCUGGGACCGUGUAG